GGGGACUGUUGUGUUGUGAAAAUGGCGACGCCUCGUCGCUCCUCUCAGCAGCAGCAGCAGCCCAAUUCCCUGCUGUCCUCCCCGCCCCGCGGCUCCUCUGGCCCCGGCAGCCCUCCUGGCUCUCCUCCUGCACCCGUCGACGAUGCUGCACCGCUUCCUCCCCGGGACGGAUUGAUGGAGAGCCCGCCUGACGGUGAGGCAGACCCGGCCUCUCCCACAACUACCACCACCUCCACCACCGCUACCAACAACAGCGCCUCUCCAUCUCUGGCCCUCACCGCCAGCAGCAGCACAACCAGCGGCAGCAGCAGCAGCGCUAGCUCCCCGACCUCCACCGAGGGUACCGGGAGCAGCCCGGCCUCCACGCCCGAGUCGGGCAGCGGUAACCCGGGCAGCAGCAGCAGCAGCAGCGGUGGUGGUGGUGGUGGUGGUGGCGGAGCUAACGGUGCCUUCAGGGAGCUGUUUGAAGCCUGUCGGAACGGGGAUGUUUCCCGGGUGAAGAAGCUCGUGGACGUGUUGAAUGUGAACGCUAAAGACAUGGCGGGACGUAAAUCCACUCCUCUGCAUUUCGCAGCAGGUUUCGGGCGGAGAGACGUGGUGGACCACUUACUUCAAACAGGCGCUAACGUGCACACGAGGGAUGACGGCGGUCUGAUCCCGCUACACAACGCCUGCUCUUUUGGUCACUCUGAGGUGGUGUCCUUGUUGCUGUGUCAGGGCGCCGAUCCCAACUCUCGAGACAACUGGAACUACACGCCGCUACACGAAGCCUCCAUCAAAGGCAAGAUAGACGUCUGUAUAGUGUUACUGCAGCACGGAGCCGAUCCCAACAUCCGCAACACCGACGGCAAGUCUGCCCUGGACCUGGCUGAACCCUCCGCCAAGGCCGUGCUCACAGGUGAAUACAAGAAGGAUGAGCUGCUGGAGGCGGCGAGAAGUGGGAAUGAGGAGAAGCUAAUGGCUUUGCUCACGCCGCUGAACGUCAACUGCCAUGCGAGCGACGGCCGCAAGUCCACCCCACUCCACCUGGCAGCAGGAUACAACAGGGUGAGGAUAGUUCAGCUGUUACUACAGCACGGAGCAGAUGUCCACGCCAAGGACAAGGGCGGUCUGGUGCCUCUACAUAAUGCCUGCUCCUAUGGACACUAUGAAGUUACAGAACUUCUGCUGAAGCACGGAGCGUGUGUUAACGCCAUGGAUCUGUGGCAGUUCACCCCGCUCCACGAAGCGGCGUCUAAAAACCGGGUGGAGGUCUGCUCGCUGCUGCUGAGCCACGGGGCUGACCCGACCCUGCUCAACUGCCACAGCAAGAGCUCCGUGGACAUGGCGCCCACUCCCGAGCUGAAGGAGAGACUCACAUAUGAGUUCAAGGGCCACUCGCUACUUCAAGCUGCGCGAGAAGCCGACAUGGCCAAGGCCAAGAAGACGCUGGCGCUGGAGAUCAUCAACUUUAAACACCCUCACACACACGAGACCGCACUACAUUGUGCAGUGGCGUCACCUCACCCCAAAAGGAAGCAGGUGACGGAGCUGCUGCUGAGGAAAGGUGCCAACGUUAAUGAGAAGAAUAAAGAUUUCAUGACUCCUCUCCAUGUGGCUGCGGAGCGCGCUCAUAAUGACAUCAUGGAGGUGCUACAGAAACACGGCGCGAAGGUGAACGCCUUGGACACGCUGGGUCAGACGGCGUUGCACCGCGCAGCGCUGGCAGGCCAUCUUCAGACCUGCAGGCUGUUGCUAGGAUACGGGGCCGACGCCUCGCUGGUGUCGCUGCAGGGUUUCACUGCUGCUCAAAUGGGAAAUGAAGCCGUUCAGCAAAUACUCAACGAGAACGUCCCGGUGAGAAACUCAGAUGUGGACUACAGACUUCUGGAAGCUGCUAAAGCUGGAGACCUGGACACUGUCAAGUCGCUGUGCACGGCUCAGAAUGUGAACUGCAGAGAUCUGGAGGGACGACACUCGACUCCCCUUCACUUUGCUGCUGGAUACAACAGAGUGUCCGGGGUGGAGUACCUCCUGCACCAUGGAGCCGACGUGCACGCCAAGGACAAAGGUGGCCUGGUUCCCCUCCAUAACGCCUGUUCGUACGGCCACUACGAGGUGGCCGAGCUGCUGGUCAGACACGGAGCCUCAGUCAACGUGGCCGACCUGUGGAAGUUCACGCCGCUUCACGAAGCUGCCGCCAAGGGCAAAUACGAGAUCUGCAAACUGCUGCUCAAGCACGGAGCCGACCCCACCAAGAAGAACCGAGACGGGAACACGCCUCUGGACCUGGUGAAGGACGGAGACACCGACAUCCAGGACCUGCUCCGGGGAGACGCCGCCCUGCUGGACGCCGCUAAGAAAGGCUGCCUGGCCAGGGUGCAGAAGUUGUGCAGCCCCGACAAUAUCAACUGUCGGGAUACGCAGGGACGCAACUCCACCCCGCUGCACCUGGCAGCCGGAUACAACAACCUUGAGGUAGCAGAGUAUCUGUUGGAACAUGGAGCCGAUGUUAACGCACAGGACAAAGGAGGGCUGAUACCUUUACACAACGCUGCUUCAUACGGGCACGUGGACAUCGCCGCCCUGCUGAUCAAGUACAACACAUGCGUCAAUGCCACAGACAAGUGGGCGUUCACCCCCCUUCACGAAGCGGCCCAGAAAGGACGGACUCAGCUCUGCGCUCUGCUGCUGGCGCACGGAGCCGAUCCCACCAUGAAGAACCAGGAGGGACAGACACCGCUGGACCUGGCGACUGCGGAUGAUAUCAGAGCAUUGCUGAUUGAUGCCAUGCCACCAGACGCUCUGCCGAGCUGCUUGAAACCACAGGCCACCGUGGUGAGUGCGACUGUGGCGAGCAACGGUGCAGCAGGGGGCGUGGUCAUCUCUCCCUCGCCAUCCCCAUCCUGCCUGUCCGCAGCCAGCAGCCUAGACAACCUGACCACACCCCUUGGGGACAUCACAGCGGGCGGGGCCACCGGUCCUGCAGAUGGAGCAUGUGGGUCGGACAGGAAGGAAGGAGAAAGUCUGCUCGACAUGACCAUCAACCAGUUCUUAAAGAGCCUGGGGCUGGAGCACCUCCGAGACACCUUCCAACGGGAACAGAUCUCUCUGGACGUGUUGGCAGACAUGGGUCACGAGGAGCUGAAGGAGAUCGGCAUCAACGCCUACGGUCACAGACACAAACUCAUCAAGGGCAUCGAGAGGCUGCUGGGAGGCCAACAAGGUGGAAAUCCAUACCUGACGUUCCACUGCUCCAGCCAGGGCACCGUGCUGAUCGACCUGGCAACGGACGACAAGGAGUUCCAGUCUGUGGAGGAGGAGCUACAAAGCACCAUCAGAGAACACCGCGAUGGAGGCAACGCAGGCGGAGUCUUCAGCCGCUACAACAUCAUCAAGAUUCAGAAGGUGGUGAACAAGAAGCUACGGGAGCGAUACGCACACAGACAGAAGGAAAUCGCAGACGAGAAUCACAACCACCACAACGAGCGCAUGCUCUUUCAUGGUUCUCCCUUCAUCAACGCCAUCAUCCAUAAGGGCUUUGACGAGCGCCACGCCUACAUCGGCGGCAUGUUUGGCGCCGGCAUCUACUUUGCGGAGAACUCCUCCAAAAGCAAUCAGUACGUGUACGGGAUAGGUGGCGGAACGGGAUGUCCCACCCACAAGGACCGAUCCUGCUACGUGUGUCACAGGCAGAUGUUGUUCUGCAGAGUGACACUGGGGAAGUCCUUCCUCCAGUUCAGUGCCAUGAAGAUGGCCCACGCUCCCCCGGGACACCACUCUGUGAUUGGUCGACCCAGCGUCAACGGACUGGCGUAUGCAGAGUACGUCAUCUACAGAGGGGAACAGGCGUACCCGGAGUACUUGAUCACCUACCAGAUCGUGAAGCCAGAGAGUCCGGCCACGCCUUCUGCCACAGCGGAGCAGAAGUCCUAAAACACGGUGGCAGCUGGAUCCAGAGACGCCAGAGGGCAGUGGACUAAACGCUCGUUCUCACAGGACUAGAACUGAACUAGCAGGCGUUUCAAAGUCUCCAGAGCUGAACUUGACGUGGGCGAGCGUCGGACCAGGCGGAUGAUCCUCGGAAAACAGACGCGCACUUGUCAAAACGGAGGGAGGAACAAGAGGAUGAGGAGGCAGUCUAUGAGUUUGGGGGAUAUGAUACAUGCACAGUCAAGCUGACGGCGAAAAAUCCAUCGCGUUCUGUAAUUAAUUGGAUCUAAUCUUGCAGGAGAAAAUGCAAACGGUUUGAUCAAUGCCUCUGGAAAUGUACCAGUGAGCUAAUUUUUAAAUUUGUCGCCCGGUGGCUCGAUCCUAUAAACAAUUAAAGAGAGCAAUUACAACGGGACACAGUCCGAAGCAAAAUCAACAUCUCUGAUUUUGCACCUUUGCAACACUCCACGUAUUCUACCCCCCGUUUCUAAAUGUGUUGUGUUGUUACCGUGUCCUCGUUCGGCUUUUGUGCAUCAUCCACCGCAACAAAACAACACCUCGAGGCCACUUCCACAAACAGAGAUCGUUGUGCUGAGAGAAGAGAAGCUCUGCGCCGGCUCCUCGCAUUUUUUUUUUUUUUUUAACCAACGGGGGCUCAUGUGCACAAGAAACACUUCUUCUGCGUCCGCUCGCAUCGCUUCCCGCUCUAAACACGGAGCAAGCGAUGCAAUGAGCGUGAGCGCGGGGAAGGAAAAGAGAUUACUGUGGACAAACGCCCAGAAGUCAAUAAGCAGACAGCGAACAGGAGACCUCAGUGUUUGUCUGUCGAGUCUCCACUGCACUUCACUACCAGGACCAUCUCCUGCAUUUACACACACACACACACACACACACACACACACACACACACACACACACACACACACACACACACACACACACACACACACACUGAGGAGAAACACGGGCAUUACUUCCACAUGAGCGAGCAGCAACCAGUGUGUCACACCUGACACCUGUCAAUCUGCCUUAAUUUCUCCUUAAUGGAGCAAAAUGUUUAAUUUGCGUGAAAAUACAGAGAUUUUCAAAGUUUAUUUCUUAUCUUAGUUUAAUAUUAACUUGGCGGUUGCUGCUUGUUUUUAGCUCAGUUUUUAAAAAAAGACCAAACUUCUUGAACCAGAACCAGGGGCCUGUCCUACGAAGCAAGUUCAACAUAGCUCAUAACCUGUUGCAGCGAAUGUUAUCACUGUGAUUUACCUCGUAUAUUAUGAAAUGUAUUAAACGUCAUUUCAGGCCACUCGGGGUCUCUCAAUCUAAACUAUAACAAAAGAUUUAGUUUGAUGACGUGAAGCAGCGUGGGAUCGUCUUCGCCACCGUUACCGAUUAAAAUCUACCUGACGUGACUCGGGAGCAAAUCAUGUUCACAGAUGAGGUCAAAGUAGUAAAGUUUUAUUCAUGUUACACAGCAAACGGCAAAAGAAUAAUCAUGAUCUGUUACAAGAGAGCAAAACAAAGAGUGGAAGGAAAAAGUUAAGUCAAAGCAGAGACGAGGGAAGUCGAGGGUAAAGAGAUGACGCCAUUAAAGUCAAAACUCCCGAGACCUUGAACAGAAUCUCUCUGAGUUGGAAACGUUUUGGACGAUGUAAGGACACAAGUCAACAACGUGUGUAACAAAGGUCGAUUUUAGACCAGAGCUAAACCUGAAGUUACCUCGAUAACCACAAAUCCUGCUUCGUAGAACAAACCCCAGGUCGACCACAAGGGACCAGAUUGUGACACUGUUCUAACUACAGACAUAAACAUGCACAUCUCCUCUUCGCUACAUUUACAACACGAGGCCCCAAACAGAAAGUGACCAACACUCCUCAGGAGGGAGCGCUUUGGUUUUACAGUUAUUACCGAACAUUAUUUACAAAGUUUGGCUCCUCAGAGUGUAGAUCUGAAAAUGGUCUCGUGCUGCUUCAACAUUCUCUCCUGCUUCAUGUGUUCUAACGUCUGUUGUUGUUGUUGUUUACAUGAACCUGCUGCCUCUCCUCUCUACCUGGAUCUGUCAGCGCCGCCCAGUGGUGGCACGGAAGAACUGUGGGCUCGCAGUAUUUAGUACAUCCAGUGUAGUUUUUUUUUUUAGGAAGGCAUUUAUGUUGAGGUCAAUUUCCACACAGUACUAUUUAUUUGUGUGGUUUUUUUCUUUUCUUUAUUCUGUUACACUCCUCAAACAUUAAGAAAAAUGUGAAGUGAGAUCUAUCACGAAUAUUUUUUACAUAACCAGAGAUUUACUGACGUUGAAAAUAAUGGAUCCAUCGCAACGAGAUGAACUAACUCCUCACACUAUAUGUACUGUAAGUUUGACCUGUUUUUUGAAUGACUCUGACCAUGUUCUUCUGUUGAUGUUUUAUUAUUUAUCUGUAUUAUUUGUAUCCUAACGACACUGUACGUUACACGGGACCACGCACGAGUUUCAUUUCCUUCAUGUCGAUCGCGUCAGAGCAAGUCGAAGGUCUUGGAAUUCCUUCAAACGACGAGGGGAAUGGAAAAAUGAAAGUGGCCUUACAUGUCUUUGAACUUUGCCUUGAAUUCGUUUGGAAAACUCAUGACGGAGUUUUACCCCCGAAUCAAACAGUAGCAGAAAGAAAGCUCGUUUCUUAUUUUAUACCUGCUUGUCAGACGAGCAGCGAGAGGAUCUGGGUUUUAAUUUGAACACAAAACAAACAUCAGACUCUCCGACACAAGCUGCUCUGACGUUUAAUUUUCUUUUUAAUCCUGCUUUUACAGUUUCUGCUGCUCGGACUCAGAUUCCAGCUGAUUUGCACUUUCAAGCGGAAGGUGAAGAUGACGUCGGUCUGAGCCUGAACAAACUAAAUAGAAACCUCGUUAAAACUCUUUGUUUCAGACAAAUGAACUAAACCCUUUUUUUAAUCAAUCUACUUUUUAAACUGUGACGUUUUAACAUCGGCUUUUUUCUUCCUCCAGCCCACACGUUGGAUAUCAACACUUCAUCCCAACAGCAAUGAAUGAUAAAGAGAAACGGUUUCUGCAGCUUCACGUGUCAACAAAUUAUAAUGUGAUUCAUCGAUGUGGGGGGGGGGGAGUGGAGAAGGAAAUUAAUUAAAACAGAAAAAAACGAAACGAAUAAAGUGACGGAACAAGUGAUGACUACAGCAGGAAUGAGGAAAAACUAAUAAGCUUGAAAUUAUAUUGUAACGGCGAGACGUUUUUCAAAGGGGAAAACGACAGCGCUGCAGCACUGGGACACAACACAGUGUACAUAUAUCAAUCCCCGUGUAAAGGAGGUUUGAUCUGACAUUUCACACAGAUGUUUAAUCUCAAUUUAACAAAACUCUGAUCAGAGUUUUAAAAAAAACUUUCUUCGUCGCUCGAAGGGAGAACUUAACAUUUCCCUGCGUCACCUCUGGAUCCGUGACAGAGGUUUCAGAUGAAGCGGAAGCUUCACACGUGGCGUUUCUGCCGUCGACCCCUUCAGAGGUCGACGGCACCGUUUAGAUUUAUGUUGUUUUAAAUGAGACUGUAUAUACACUAACUCCAGAUGGGCCCAUUAACGGGUCUUUUAUGGACAAUUUCCAGUUUAUUGUUUCUUUUUUUUUUUCUUUCUUCUUUGAAAGACUUUUCAAAGACUUUUUUUUUUAUGUGACGAUAAAUAUUUGAAUCGUGUUUUUUUUCGCUGGUUACUCUGCUCAUCUAUCGAGAGCCAGUUCGGGCCAUCUAUGUAAAUAGGGAUUGUAAGAGAGUGCGUGUGCGAGUGCGUGUUGGACCGAUCCAUCGCUCAUGUUCUGACCUGCCUUCUACCAAAAGCCACAAGUUUGAUGACCACAUUUUUCUCAUGGGGUUUUGUUUGACCCGCUGUUGUACAGACGGCUGCACAGAGCUGCCGACCAGCGAACUCGAGAAACAGAGAAACUCUUGUACAGACGAAAAAUCCUUAAUAAAAGAACUUGAAGUGG